CAACACGAAUUUAUUCAGUUGGUUCCAACCAUCCGAACGUCGAAGAUGAAUACCUUUGUAAUUGUUGUGUCUAUUGUACUUCUGGCUGCUGGUUCCACUUUGGGAUCCACUCAAUACUCUUCGUCCUACACGGGGAACACUUGCCGUGACACUAUUCCAGCCGUUUUGAAGAAAAAUGGACUGACACAGUUGCUGGAUCUGGUGACCAAAGCUGGCCUUGCAGACACACUUUCCGGCCCAGGACCAUUCACCGUAUUUGCUCCAACUGACGAGGCUUUCGCUUCCAUCGAUCCGAAAACUCUGAAAAUCAUUUUGGAAGAUGUCAACUUGUUGAAGGAUAUUCUUACCUAUCAUGUUGUUGCCUUUGAGAUCCCACCCUCAUUCCUGUCUGCCAUCCAGCUGGUCUACUUACUCCCCACAGUCCAAGGAUCGGCUCCCGUUCGAAUCAACGUCUAUCGUGAAAAGGGAGCCAUUACCUUUGAUCCCGUCAAGACUGUGACCGUCAACGGAGCGCUCGUAUUGAGAAAAUUGAAAGCGUGCAACGGGUACGUCUACGUGAUCGACAAAGUUCUCAAUCCCAAAGAUUUGAUGCCGGAAAAUGACGAGCUGGAAAUUUUCAGACAGUACGGUCUGACAACUGUCAAAAAGAUUUUCGACAUUGUCGGUUUUACACCAGUCAACAUCUUUUACCGCCCGGAAACGAUUUUUGCUCCGACCGAUGCCGCGUUCGCCGCCCUACCUGCGGGAGUUCUUGACGAAUUAUUGGCCGACAAGAAGAGGCUGUACACAUUUAUCAACACUCACAUCCUUUCCGGAAAUCAAUACAGCCGAGGACUUGAGUGUGGGCCCGUUCUCGCCACUUCUGGAUUCACUGUUGAAGUGAAAGUAACUCCCGGUGGUGUCACGUACGGUGGUGCCAAUGUGGUUAUUGCCGACAUAACAAACGUGCAAGGUGUGAUUCACAUUAUUGAUGCCGUUAUUCUGCCAGACACGGAAUAUCCUGCCGACAAGAAAUAUUCUUAUUAAAAUGAUUUUAUCUAUAAAAUAUCUCCGAUUUGUUGCUGCUGGUAUUUAAUGACCAUUCAAUUCAGAACUUAAAAUAUAACAUUUAUUUAGCUGA